GUCGUCGUGAAGUUUGUCAGCAGGUAUGGUGAGGACAUCCACAAUGUGAUGGCUGAAGCAGGGUUCGCGCUGAAGCUCUUGUACUAUGGACUAAUCAAUAUCUCAUCUGACAUGCCAUCAUAUGGCACACUGCGGAUGGUGGUCAUGGAAUACGUGGACGGAAUGACAGCCUAUAGUGUAUCGAAACUGCCUCAAAAUUUUCACCACUACCUCACAAAAGCGAUUGAUUACAGUCAUGAGCAGGGAUUUGUUUUUGGUGAUAUUUGGAAGCCAGACAUCAUGAUUACAAAGGACGGCAAAGUCCAAUUGAUCGAUUUUGACUGGGCUGGACACAAAGGCGAGGUCAGGUAUCCUACCUCCAUAUCUCCUGGUAUUGAUUGGCCAGAUGGUGUGUGA